AUGGCCAGGCUCCUCGGCACCCGCUGCCUGCUGCUGCUGCUGCUCCUCGGCGUCUGCACCGACCUCGCCUCGGCCAAGAAGGGCAAAGGCAAACCCGGCUGGGGCACGGGGAGCCACCGCCAGCCCAGCUACCCCCGCCAGCCCGGCUACCCCCAAAACCCUGGCUACCCCCACAAUCCAAGCUACCCCCACAACCCCGGCUACCCCCACAAUCCCGGAUACCCCCACAACCCCGGCUACCCGGGCUGGGGACAGGGCUACAACCCGUCCAGCGGAGGAAGUUACCACCAGAAGCCGUGGAAGGCGCCCAAGCCCAAGCCCAGCUUCAAGCACGUGGCGGGGGCGGCGGCGGCAGGCGCCGUGGUGGGGGGCUUGGGGGGCUACGCCAUGGGCAGGGUGAUGUCGGGGAUGCACUAUCGCUUCGACAGCCCUGACGAGUACCGCUGGUGGAACGAGAACGCCGCGCGCUAUCCCAACCAGGUCUACUACCGCGACUACCGUGACCAGCGCGGCCCCGUGCCGCAGGACGUUUUCGUGGCCGACUGCUUCAACAUCACCGUCACCGAGCACAACAUCGGCCCCGCCGCCAAGAAGAACGCCUCGGACGCCGGCACGGCCGCCAACCAGACGGAGGCGGAGCUGGAGGCGCGCGUGGUGACCAAGGUGAUCCGUGAGAUGUGCAUCCAGCAGUACCAGGAGUACCGCCUGGCCUCGGGCAUGCGGCCGCACCUCGCCGACGCCUCGCUGGCCGCCCUGCUGCUCCUCCUCCUCUUCGCCCUGCACUAG